CUCACAACUCAUCAGCUCACAACUCUCUCACAACAAUAAUGUCGAACGUUAACAACAACGUUGCUGUGGAAGAGCACGAGGCUCUCAUGUAUCACCACCACCGCCACCAUUCUUAUUCAUUGCCUGCUUACUACGUCCAGAGCCCUUCCGCCACCACCUUCACUCAAAACGACGCCGAAUCAUCCACCUUCCAUUCCCCCGCCCGCCCCGUCUCCAACCCGACCCAUGUGGACGCCCUCUACCGUUACUCAUCCUCCUCCCGGGGCUCUGUCCACUGCUACCACCACCACAAGAAGGUGUCGUACGACGAGAGCCAUGCCACGGCGCCUACGGAGAACGACGGGGAUAUGAACCGCCUGAUUGUAAUGAACAGGAACGGUGAGGAUGAUGAGGAGGAAGAUGAUGACGACGUGUUUGAUUAUGAUUGGAGGAAGGAGAAAGGGUGGAGGAGGUACUGGACAUACCGGAACACAGACUCGUGGGCUUGGAUAUGGAUUCAGAUCAGCUGGAGACUGUUAGUGAGUCUAAGUGUUGCGUUGCUUGUCUUCUACAUUGCUACGAAGCCUCCCCCUCCUGUGCUUUCCCUCCAGGUGGAAAGAGUGCGAGAGUUUAAGUUAGGGGAAGGAGUGGACAGGACCGGGGUGUCAACCAAGAUCCUGACCUUCAAUUGCUCCAUCAGUUUGGGAAUCCUAAACAAAUCCAAGUUCUUUCGCCUUCACCUUCAUCCUCCUCUCAUCCACUUGUCCUUUUCCAUCUUACCCUUUGCUCUCUCUCAUGGCGAUGAAGUGUAUGCAGAGAGUGGGGCGACGAUAUAUAGAAUGGAAGUGGGAGUGAAGAACAAGGCAAUGUACGGAGCAGGAAGAGAGAUGCAGGACUUGUUGGAGUCAGCAAGAGGAUUGGCCAUUUCGAUAGGUGUGAGAGUGAGUUCCACUUACAGAAUCGUCCCUAACCUCAUCAACCCUAAGUUCCAUCACCAUCUUCACUGCUUCCUCAUCCUCCAUAACCAUUACGAUCGCAAACACCGAACCCAGUUAUUCAAUUCCACUUGUCAUCUCUUCAUUCCCUAGUAAACCAUUUCCCAUUUUGAAGCUUUCAAAUGCUUGCUCUUAUUAUUUUUGUAGAUACUUUUAUGGAUUCUCCCUCCUAGUCUAAAUGUAAGUGUUAGUA